UAUCAGGAUGAUUUCUUGCGUUCUACAACAUGUCAUAUUUCUGGUAGCCCUGAUAUCAGUGAUUGUCGCUCAGACGGAGUUCAGACGAGUCUGCCGUAGUUACCAGUUAGACGUGGGCAUCCGGCGCUGGCCGGGCGACCUUGAGGCUACACACACGUGUGUCCCUGGCCCACGUAAUGGGAGAUGCUUUAUACAAGAUGCAAGCAUGGGGUUCAAUUGUACUGGAAACUUUCAACUUCAGGGAGGCCUGGAAAAUCGACGAUCUCUUUGCUGUGAAAAAGCAGGGUUUGAUCUAGUUGGAUGCUACAUACCCAGGAGACUAUUUUCAUUCAGAGACGGCUUCAACAUUCAACGUACACGCACUGUUCUCCGCAGCAUCGUCAGCAAUCCCACUAAAAAUGAUGAAACAACAUUUGUAGUGGAACUUUGUUUUCUUCGCAGAAGAUUAUAUGAUUUUUAUCCGAAAUAUUUGUAAUUCUCCCAGUUUUGAAAGAAAAAAACACAAGCCGAGAAAAGUGUUAUCUACGCUGUUCUUGUUUCAUUUUUUUU